CAAACAUACCUCCAAGACCGCUACAGUAUUGACUUCGCCUCCCGUAGUAUCCAGCGUCUCGAGCAGCAGCCUUACAUGCUUACUGUGCAAGAGGACUACCGUCGUCAUGACUCCGAGAUUCCUAGGACGUUCGACGAGACUCCCCCGGAAAUUCAGGGCAAUACGGUCGUGCAGGCGGCGCUCUUGUUCAAGGCCCUAGUCUUCCAAGACGCCCCCAUCACCCCACGUGACUAACUGGAUAACCACACUAUUCAACGGACGCACGCACACAGACGCACGAACCGGGCUCCAAGGCGAACCCGCCCUCGAAGGCGUCCACUCCGACGGCUCCGACCACACCAUGACCGUCUUCCUAGGCAGCGACAACAUGCGUCCCGACAGCGCUGUCACGUUCAUGCACGAUAACCAGGAAACGACAGGCGUGAUGCUGGAUGAGACAAACCCUGCGCUGAUCAGGGCGCGUGUGCAGCAUCGCGGUUUCCUGGAUACGUUGGUGUUUAUGGAUCAUGAUUUUAAGCAUAGUGUUACAUCGGUUUAUGCGGUUGAUGAGGAGAGGGUUGCGGUUAGGGAUAUGUUGGUGGUUUUUACGAGGAAGCCAAAGGUUUGGGGGGGCAUGUGUCGGGGUAUGCGGAUACGAUGCGUGUUCAUGAGAGGGUGCCGAUGUGGCUUCCUUGACGGCAAGGCUUGGACAGGAGUCGAUUGAAGGUGUCUUGUUGGUGGAUUGGGUUGGAUGAUGAAGUGCGAGACCCGGGAUAUUGAUGUGAUGACAUGCAAAAUGCAGACAUGUAGAUGUGAAUUCACAUUCGUGUUUUUAUAUAAAUGUCACUGGGCAGUGUGAUUUGUCACAUUAGAAAAGUAUAUAUAGGCAUUUGUCUGGAUCAGACGGACGCAAACCCCACAGUUCGUCUGAAUUUAAUGUGACUGAUGCGAUUUCAUGCAUGAUAGCCGUGCGCAAUAAAAAGUACUGUGGAAUAAUCCUCGUAAAGAAAUUUCCGACUACAGACCUAAAACCCACAUUGGUCGAGGUAAAUGGUGUUUCC